GGUCGUUUGGCGGGGCGAAAUAUGGAAGUGAUUCUUUCUUCCUCAAUAACACCCCUCUCCAAAAUCCCAAAAUUUACAGCAAGAUCUUCCAAACCCCAUUUCCAAUUCGCCAUCUCCAGCUCUUCAGGACCUUCCAAAUUCUACCCAUCGUCAUCUUCAUCAAAUCUCUGUUAUAGUUUCAGAGCAAUUCCCACCACAGCCUCAAAUAAGCCCUUUGAUUGUGCAGCUUCAAUUAAUAAUUGGCACCAGCACUGGAUUGUGCUCAUGGAACCUCCCAAACAGGGCCUAACUUCCAAGCCUCAGAUCAUUGAUUACUAUGUGAAGACCCUAGAGAGAGUCUUGUGCAGGUUUCUCUUGUACCCACAUCCAUUUUUCAUGUUUGAAAGAUUUCCUUUUUAACAUUUAUUGUGUAUGAUCAGCUUGGGUUUGAAACCUUUCUUGGUAUCCAAUCAAAAGUUGGAGUUUUUAGUUGUAUUGAUUCCUUAAUAAUGGGUUUGAAUCUCAUACCCUCCAGUUUGAAAACUUAUUAAUGUUUACUUGCAAGGUUCAAGCAAAACAAAUCUAGUGAGAGGGAUGUAUUAGAGUGUAAAAUCUUUUGGUUGAGUUUAACUUUGUGGUAGAGUUUGACCCAUAACAAUGAUUAUUUCUUUAAAUUAUGGUUCAUUUUCUAUUUUUCAUUUCAAUAAUAAUAAUAAUUAUUAUUAUUUGAGAUGUUUGUUGUCAGUGAGAAGGAUGCUCAAAGGUGCUUGUAUGAUGUACAGUGGGAAACUGAAUAUGGGUUUUGUUGUGAAAUAGAUGAAGAAUGUGCACAUAAAUUAGCUGGAUUGCCAGGAGUUUUGUCUGUCCACCCUGAUCACAAGUUUGAGUCAGAGGAUAAAGAUUAUGAAGAAGGUUCAAGAUCAAAGCAUACUGACGAUGCACGAGAUUUCUCAACAUCAAAUGUUCAAACCAAGAAGCUUUUUGUUACCGGCCUAUCCUUCUAUACGUCUGAGAAAACAUUGCGUGCAGCGUUUGAAAGCUAUGGGGAACUUGUUGGAGUGAAAAUAAUAAUGGACAAGAUUUCCAAGAGGUCAAAAGGAUAUGGUUUUGUAGAGUACACCACAGAAGAGGCUGCGAUUGCUGCUCUCAAUCAGAUGAAUGGCAAGAUCAUUAAUGGGUGGAUGAUAGCGGUUGAAGUCGCGAAAAACAAUCCGCCAAAAUAUAACCAAAGAAGCUUGUGAUGAGCACACUAUCUUUUUUCCCUUAAAGCCAGAGAUAUAGCAUUUUGGUUGUCUCGAGCCGGGGAUCUCUUGGAAACGCCUUCUCUUCUUCCUAGAAGGGGUAAGGUUUCUCGGUACACACCCUCCCCAGACCCUGCUUUUGUGGGAUUCUACUGGGUUUGCUUGGUGUUGUUGUUGGGUGUCUUGACAUUCAUUCUUGAAUGGCAUAAAUACUUGUUGAUAGAUUAUUUUUUUUUUGCCAUAGCCCUUCAAAUUUACAACAACCCCAAAUUUGUAAUCAUGAAAUGCAGUGUCUUGUAGGCUGUAGCUGAAGAGAAUUGGUGGUCACUAUGGUUCAUAGGUCAAAUAUUCAAAUUGUCUUCUUUAUUUACUCCAUGAUUUGACAUUUUGACCAAAUAAUCACAGAAAAUUACU